AUGUCAGACGACGCUUACAUGUCCUUCCUUGAUAAGGCCAACGCCGACCUCAAUAACGCCCGAGCACAACAACCCCAGCAAUCGUCCGGCGUGCGCACGGAAACCGUCGACGUUGGUGUUCAGAUCCCCGCUCCACUCAGAUCAGUGGAUGCAUACUACAUUUCCGAGACAGACGAGCCCUUUGAGCCGGUAGCUUUGAAAUGGGAGGGCGCGGAUAAGGGAACUUGGCCCGGCCCUGCCGAAUUCUCGAGACUCAUCUCCCCUAACGCUGACAUCUCCUCCUCCAUUGAGACAUUGACGCCUUCGACCUUCGAUCCCAAGAACCAGUACUCGGCUGCGCUGCGCGCGGUGCGAGCCGCGGUCGCGCAGACUUUUGGAGGUGGUGAGCCUGGCAUCGAUGAAUCGGAUGUAGAGACUAAGGUGUACCGGGUGGAAGUUGGUAAAUCACGCGUCGAGUAUUAUAUUUUGGGACUAGAUGCUGUGGGAGGAACUAUUGUGGGAUUGAGGGCGAAGGCAAUCGAGUCUUAG